AUGCCGAAGUGCAUUAAAAUGGAUCGUUUUCGAUACAUAAGCUCUGAAGCUUGGCGAGCCCUAACUGCUAUUGAAAUGGGUCUUAAAAAUCACGAAGUUGUUCCUCCUGAGUUGGCACUCAAAAUCUCACAUAUUAAACGCAGUUGUGCAGGUUUCAUUCGCUUAGUUCAAGAGCACUUAAUUCCAUAUAGUUUGGUUGCUUAUGAAACAGAUAAUAGACAUUCAACAAAAGGAUAUCGUCUUACUAACAUGGGAUACGAUUACCUUGCUUUGAAUCAGUUUUUCAAAUCCGAACAGCUGAGUAGCUUGGGUACAAUGGUCGGUGCAGGAAAGGAGUCAGACGUUUACAUAGGCACUGCUGGUGGACGCUGUGGUCAGACUUCAGAUGAAUCAGAGGGCCUUUCGGAAGGACUUCCGCUAGAAGGGGACUUAGUUAUUGUAAAGUUUCACAGGCUUGGAAGGACAUCUUUCAGAAAAGUGAAAAACAAAAGGGAAUACCAUCAACACAGAAAUAAGUGCUCUUGGCUGUAUUUGGAUAGAUUAGCGUCCAAACGAGAAUUCGAGAUGAUGCAGGGUCUCUAUAAUAAUGGUGUUCCUGUUCCUAUGCCAUAUGCACAUAAUCGGAAUGCUGUUUUAAUGUCUUAUGUGAAAGAAAGUUCGCCGUUAUACAGGCUACUUCCAGUUGUUUUGAGUUCUAACCAAUCUGCCACCGCACGGGCUUUGUAUUACCAAGCGAAGGAUAUCCUGGAAAAAAUAGCUGGUCUGGGCCUUGUUCAUGGUGAUUUCAAUGAAUUCAAUUUGAUGGUUACCGGUUUGGACUCGACACCAAAUGAGAAAGCGGAUACCGACCCGAAACUUGUCCUUAUUGAUUUUCCACAAAUGAUCAGUCGUGACCAUAAAUUAGCUAAAAGUAUUUAUGAACGCGAUGUGGAAGGCGUUGUUAACUUUUUCAGUCGAUAUUUUGAAAUUCCAUCCGAUGAUUUGCCGUCUUCCCUUGAUACGAUUAAACGUACUAGCGAUAUCGACGUACAGUUGAAAGCUCCAGGCUAUAUUUCCCACAAUAAUAAUAAUAAUAACCAUCGUCGACUGCGGCACACAGUUGACGAUUCACUGUUGGGUACUGUCGCUCGACUACAAUUGUCAUCGUCAUCAUCAACAGAAGGAGAAAGCGAAAGCGAAAACGGUGAAUCCGAGUUGGACAAUACAGAUUCCGCUGCAGAAUCAAAAUCGGAAUGCGAUAACGAACAGAAAUCUGAGACGGAAGAAGAAGAGUCAGAGUCCGAAAGUGAUGAAGAAUGCGCCACAGAUAGUGUGAAGUAUUCAAAUACAGCGAAUGAUACUGAUGUGCGAAUUAUGAAGACUAAAACCGCACCAUCUGCAUUUACAGUUGAGGAGAUUCGUGAACGUCAACGUCGCGAAAGAAGACGUCAAAAGCAGGUUGACUUCAAUCGUCAAUUGAAGCGGCAUAAUCGUGCUGCUAUGAAACGUCAGGGUCGUCUUAAUAUGAAAGCAGAAACAUUACUAUUUGGAUGA